UGAAGUUGUCAUUAUAGCGAUUUACAAUAAGUACAUGUUAAAAAAAUGGUUCAGUUAACAAAUAUCUACUUUAAUUUAUUUUUAAUAUUUUAUAUUAAUUCAAACGUUAAUGGUUUAUACAGAAUUCUCAUUAUUUCUCCAUUUAAUAUGAAAAGUCAUAAUGCCAUGUUAGAAACAGUUGGAAAAGCUUUAGCAUUAAAUGGACAUAAAGUUGAUAUUAUUUCACAUUUUGAAUUGAAAAAUUCAAUAAAAAAUUAUACAACGAUUAUUAAUUUAGAUGGAACAAUGCCACAGCUUGUAAACUCAUUGACAAUGAAAAUGAUUGAUUAUCUUAGAAAAUUGAAUAUUGUUUCUGGAUUAAUUGAAAAAUUUGGUAGCAAUUAUUGUGAAUUAAUGUCAUCGGAAAAAAUAAAGAAAUUUAUUAAAAAUCCACCAACGGAUCCUCCCUACGAUUUGGUUAUAACGCAGGCUAUGUCAACAAAUUGUUAUUUUGCAUUUGGAGAUGUUUUUAAUGUUCCAGUAGUCGGAGUGUCACCUGUAGCACAAUUUACAUGGUUUGAUGAGAUUCUUGGCAAUUCCAUGUGCAAUAGUUAUGUAGCAAAUUGGGAAACAAAAAAUUCACAAAUUAAAACAUUUUGGGAUCGUGUGAAAAAUCAUUUUUGGACACAUUAUCAUAAUUAUAGAUUUUUCAAGGAUACAGAAAAAAAUCAAACUGAGGCAAUUAGAAAAUAUUUAAAUCCAAAUAUGGCAAAUAUAAGGGAGAUUGAAAAAAAAAUUUCUUUACAUUUAGUCAAUAGUUAUCAAAGUGUAUUUGGUAUAAGACCAUUAUCACCAGCAAUUGUUCAAAUUGGAGGCAUUCAAAUUGAACUGAGUGAAUCAAAAAUUACUCCUGAACUAAAAAUUUGGAUGGAUGAAAGUACAGAGGGAGUAAUUUAUUUCAGUCUUGGUUCUAUGGUUAUUUUAGAAGAUUUUCCAAAAGAUGUUUUAUUGGGAAUUUAUGCGUCUUUUGCCAAAUUAUCGCCAAUGAGAAUUCUUAUGAAAAUUUUAAAUAAUUCAACACUUCCUCCAGGUUUGCCAGAUAAUGUUCUGACAAUGUCGUGGAUUCCUCAGAUACCAAUUUUACAACACAAAAAUACAAAAGUAUUUAUCACACAUGGUGGAUUAAAUAGCAUGAUGGAGGCAAUUUCUUUUGCUGUGCCAAUGAUUGGUUUUCCCUUUGUAAGUGAUCAAUUUUUAAAUAUUCGAACUCUUGCUGAAAAAAAUGUUGUCUAUGAAAUGGACUACAAAGAAAUUUCUGAAAAAACUUUAGAUGUAGCUCUGAAUGCAGUUCUUUAUGAUUCCAAGUAUCGAAAAGCUGCAAAACGUGAAUCACAAUUGUUUCGAGAUCGACCAAUGAAUGCAACUAAAACGGCAGUUUUUUGGAUUGAGUACAUUAUAAGAAAUGGUGCAAAUUCAUUGCGAUCACCAACAAUGGACAUGCCUUGGUGGCAAGCUGAACUUGUCGAUGUCUAUGGAUUUAUUUUUAUUUCCUUUCUUUUAAUAAGCUAUAUCAUUUAUCGCAUUAUGAAAAACAUUACUAGUCAUUUGUAUGAUAUUGUAAAUUCUAGUUUUCAAUGUCAAUUUAAAAAUUACCAAAGCUAAAGUAAACUAAUUUUUUGUUAUUAAAUUUUCUAUUUUGUAACCAUCCGUCUGUUUACCGGAAGCGCUAUCGUUUAUAUAUAUAUACUUCCAGAGGACGUUCCUUCAUGCAUUAUCAGUUUGUAUCGCUUGACUUAAAAUUUGAAAAAUUCUUUUAUUAAUGAGUACAGUUAUAAUUUAUUUAAAUAUAAAAAUCCACAAAUUAGAAU